CAGUAGCCUGCUGGUGGUUUGGCGAGUGGCGACGUGUACCGGUUUGUGGAAGUAUUCAGCUGUCUUACGCCUGCUGGGGAGAAGUUUCCAUAAAAUCAACAAUAGCCUUAAAAGAACUCAAACAUGGGAGGAUCUCAGAGUGUGGAAAUACCCGGGGGAGGCUCCGAGGGUUACCAUGUCCUCCGGGUUCAGGAGAACUCCCCUGGACACAGGGCAGGGCUGGAACCUUUCUUUGACUUCAUUGUGUCCAUCAAUAACACCAGACUGAACAAGGACAAUGACACCUUGAAGGAGUUGCUGAAAGCCAGUGUGGAAAAGCCAGUCAAGAUGCUGGUUUACUCCUCAAAGACCCUGGAACUACGAGAGUCCACAGUUACCCCCAGCAACCUGUGGGGCGGCCAGGGCUUGCUUGGUGUCUCAAUUCGUUUCUGCAGCUUUGAGGGUGCUAAUGAGAACGUUUGGCAUGUGUUGGAAGUGGAGCCAAACUCUCCAGCAGCCCUGGCUGGAUUGCGGCCACACACCGACUAUAUCAUCGGAGCUGACACGGUCAUGAAUGAGUCAGAGGACUUGUUCUCACUGAUCGAGAGCCAUGAAGGGAAAGGCCUCAAACUCUAUGUGUACAACACAGACACUGACAACUGUAGGGAGGUCGUCAUCACACCGAACAGUGCCUGGGGAGGAGAGGGCAGCCUGGGAUGCGGAAUUGGCUAUGGAUACCUCCACAGGAUUCCCACCCGACCUUUUGAAGAGGGGAAGAAGAUUCAUUUCACAGGAAACUCUUCCAGUGAGCCUCUCAGUUCAGUGAAGGAUGGAUUCACUGAGGUCCAGUUGUCUGCAGUAGUCCCUCCUCCUUCAGUUCCUGCUGUGUCCCCUGGCCUGGAAGACUCGCUGUCUGGCCUGUCAAUCAGCGCAGCCUCCCCAACCAUGCCCAGCGAGCUGCAGACAGGUUUACCCACAGUUCCACUGCUUCCAUCCUCCUCUCAUCCCACCUUCAGCCCCCUUGGUACACUGAAUCCUGCCACCACCAGCUUCAACCCUGCCAGCACGCUACCAGGUGUGAUGCCGCUGCCUGGUGGGUUACCUCCACUCCCUAACCUGCCCAACCUCAACCUGCCACUGCCAGACCUCAGUGCUGUGUCACUACCAGGAGCCAGCAAUUUACCACCGCCACAAGGAAUGACGGCCCCUGUCUUGGUCAGCCUCCCGUCCCUCCCCCUGCCAAAUCUUACUCCUGUGGCAUCUCUGCCCCCUCUGCUGGCCUCUCAGCUGCCUCCUUUCCUGUCGCAGGGAGUGACCCCCGUCGUGCCCACUUCCACCCCUGUCCCUUCAGCCUCAGUCACAGUUACACUGCCGUCUAAAUCCGAGGCUGCCGACCCCACAGAAGCAGUCUCCAUGAACGUAAUGGAACCACGCCCCCCAGCGGAGACGGCACCAAUAUUGUCAUAGUGCGGGACAGGAGAGUCCACUUACCAUCAAACCAAAACACACAUCCCUUUUCUCGUUCCCUGUCUAUUUUUCUAUUUAUUUGGCCAAGAGAGACGAGCAGACGGCUGCACCGGCUCGUGCGUCGAGGUCGACGUGUUGGUGUGAGGAAGCUCGUGUGGAGCUCUGAAGGAUAAAUGACAUGAAGAGCGGAUGUUUUACCAACAUGUCUGUGACCAGUGCGAUUGUGAGCGCGAUCUCACAAUUGCACUCUGAGGACGGCAGGAUCUACUCUUCAGUUUGUCAUAAAUGUCUCACUUGUGGGGUUAGAAGAAUGCAAAAAAACUGUUUUAGGAUUUUCCUCUUUCUAACCUGGCAGUCCAUGACGGACGUAAUGUUUUAAAAUGUAUGUAUAAAACACAGAACAUUUUAUAGGGCUGGACAGUAAACCGGAUUGAAUGAAGUACAUCAUUGAUAUUUUACCAUCAGACUUCAUAUAUCUUGGGUUGGGUUUCAGUCCUGAUACUGAGCAGGUCAUAAUGUAAUAAACUUUGAGCCAAAAGGUGAAAGGAAAUAUGCACUUAUACAGUA